AUGCGUUGGACGGCAGUAGCUGCAGUCAUAUAUGCUGUUCUGCAGGUCAGUUACGCCAGUCGCGAUACCUUUAGCAGUCCAGGAAUCAAGGUGGAGCAAUGGCACUCAGCAACCCAAAAAGCCGACGCUCUUAUUGCAAAACUGAACAUUACCGAAAAGGCUGGCUUGCUCACUGGAAACCUGCGUAAUCUGACAUGCGGUGGCAUUAUUAAUGCUAUUCCACGUGUCGACUUCCCUGGGCUCUGUCUGCAGGAUGGGCCAUCAGGUAUCCGUACCGCAGAUCUCGCCAGCGUGUUCUCUGCUGGCAUAUCAAUUGGAGCAACUUGGGAUCCAAAGCUGAUCUACGAGAGGGGCCGAGCGAUGGGAGAGGAGUUCCGAGGGAAAGGAGCGCAUGUGAUAUUAGGACCCACUACCGGACCCCUAGGUCGCAUUCCUCUAGGCGGCCGGAACUGGGAAGGAUUCUCCGUCGAUCCAUAUCUCGCAGGUAUUGCGACGUCGGCCACGGUGCGCGGACUCCAAGAUAGCGGAGUGCAAGCGUGUACAAAGCACUACGUUGGGAACGAGCAGGAAACACAACGUACAUUGGGAGUUAUCAACAAUGUGAGCGUUGAUGCGGUCUCAUCCAACAUCGACGACCGCACCCUCCAUGAGCUGUAUAUCUGGCCAUUCGCCGACGCCGUCCGCGCGGGCACAUUGUCAAUAAUGUGCUCAUACAAUCGUCUCAAUAAUACCUAUGCAUGUGAAGACGAGCACACUUUGAAUAGGAUCUUGAAAGAUGAACUUGGAUUCCAGGGUUACGUCAUGUCCGACUGGUUCGCGACUCAUUCUGGUGCAAAGGCGGCCAAUGCGGGGUUGGAUAUGAGCAUGCCUGGUCCAGUGGAUCAAUACGAUUUUACGAGCUCCUACUUUGGCCCAAACCUCGUCGACGCCGUACAAUCUGGCAACGUCUCGGCAGAGCGACUCAAUGACAUGGUGCGGCGCGUCCUAACGCCAUAUUUCUAUCUCGGCCAGGAUGAAAAUUACCCAACAAUUGACCCGUCCGGCCUAUUCGUCACGCUGGCGGCAGUAAGCUACAUGCCUUCCAUACUCGGUAUUCCAGAUGAUGUGCCCUUACCACCCGCACGAGACGUACGAGCGGACCACGCGUCCCUCAUCCGCAAGCACGGCGCCGCUGGUACGGUCCUCCUGAAGAACACAAACAAUACACUGCCCCUCAAGGCACCACGUACUAUCGCCGUUUUCGGGAACGACGCGGCGGAUAUCUCGCGUGGCUCGGCCGCCCCGCUCGGCUCGGCAUAUGCGCCUCCUCAGGGCAUCGAAAUGGGCGUGCAAGUCAUGGGUGGGGGUGCGGGGUCCGGUCGUCUAUCCUAUGUCGUCUCGCCCCUCGAUGCACUGAGAACACGCGCCGCGAGCUCGAACAGUAGCAUAUCAGUCCAGUACGUCACAGACAACAGUGUGGUCGCAAACGCCGACUUUAGCGGUAUCUAUCCGUUCCCGGACGUUUGCCUCGUCUUCCUCAAGACAUAUGCGGCCGAGACUAUUGACCGCGUUAGCUUCGACGCGGAUUGGAACUCCACUGCCGUUGUCAAUGCUGUCGCCUCGUACUGCCCGAGCAAGAAGACAGUGGUGGUCACUCACUCGGCGGGUAUAAACACCAUGCCCUGGGCGGACAACCCGAAUGUCACCGCCAUCUUGGCUGCGCACUACCCAGGGCAGGAGGCAGGCAACUCAAUCGUGGAUAUUCUUUUUGGAGAUGUGAACCCGUCGGGACGCCUCCCGUAUACAAUCGCGCGGAAUGAGAGUGAUUACAACACGGAGGUCUUCAAUGUAACGGACCCUGAGAAAGCAACAGAUGCCACUGCUUGGCAGUCGGAUUUCACAGAGGGAUUGUUGAUCGAUUACCGUCAUUUUGACGCGAAUGGUAUCACGCCACUCUACGAGUUCGGGUUCGGGUUGAGCUAUACUACCUUUGAUCUUACUGGAAAGUUGAAGGUGCUGCCUGCACAUGGCCAGAGGAAUAUCAGCCCAUUCCCACCCAAGGUCAGGGAGACCAGUCCUGGAGGGACCCCGAACCUCUGGGAAACUCUUUUCACCGUUACCGUUAGCGUCAAGAACACCGGGAAUGUUGCGGGUGCUGCAGUGCCACAGCUGUAUCUGUCGCAGCCGAGGGGUUCUGUGCCCCAAGGAACACCGGUGAAGGUGCUCCGGGGGUUUGACAAAGUGUUCUGA